AUGAUUGAGUCCCAUGUCCCAUCCACUAUGAGCGAUGAUGGAGAGCAACCGCCAUUAAAGAGGCAGCGUUUCUUUUCCGACAUUCCACCAUCGCCUUUGCCGAUACAAACUCGAGACGCCAACGCGUCGUUCCGGAGCGCCGAAGCAAGCCCCGAGCAAUUACCCACAGAGGACAAAGAGAACAGUGGAUUCGAUGCUGAGCUAUUUACCAGCAUUAUUGGAGAAACACUCCCCUCUGCAUCUGUCGCGAUUAUCCGAAAAGCCGCAUCGUGCAAUCUCGAACGAGCUGUGAACAUAUACUUCGAUGGGUCAUGGAAGAAGCCUGCGGGGAUCGACGCCAACUCCGCCGCCUGGAACCAACCAAAUGGACAUCAAGUGAAGGCUGAGCCUGGAAGUGGGAAGUCGCGGGCAUCCAUCACUCAAAAGUCCAAGGGUGGUCUCAUGGAAAUCGAAUCCCUGGUGCAAAAGCAACCACUUACCCGAUAUGUUGGAGCUUUUGGGGUCGGUGGAUGGGCAACUCGGAGUGGAUCAGCAUAUCUCAAGCAUGGGGAAACUGUGAACAUCGAGCGAGCUCGAUCCCAGCCAACAUUAAAACGUGGCCGUGGGGGCAAAUCAUUCAUGAACAACAAGAGUGAUGUUCUCACCCGUUUCACGAACACGACUGGUCAAGAAAUUGGACGACUUCCCCACGAGACAGCAGAAUGGGUGUCUACUUUGAUUGACCAGAAGAUCUGCCGCUUCGAGGGCGUCUGUGUGUUUGUCCCUGACAGGGUCCGCGUCAACGAUACCAUUUACCUGCAAUUGAAAGUCUUCAUGCGUCGAGAGGCGUUCCAGCGCAGCGCCUUUGCUGCGAUGCAAAAGGACGACAAUAGGUCGACUGGCUUGUUUGAGGAGAAGGAGAGCACAGAAGAAAAGAAUUUGCGGCUGCGUCAAGUGGCUCUUGUAAAAUUGUUCCAUGAGAUCAGCCUUCAUCCCACCUCGACAAAUCCGACUACGGAAAAACAUAAGAGAGAUGGUCUUUUGCGUGCCGCCGAAAUUGCGGACCAGUAUGACAGCACCAAGAAAGACAAGUCAAAGUCCACUAAAGACCCCAACGACUCCUCUGAUGAGGAUCAAACCGAAGAACUCGAGGAAGACCAGCUGGAUGCUCUCUACCGCAAGGCCCAGUCAUUCGAUUUCAACAUGCCUGGGGCUGAUCCCGCACCCACCUUCUCCCUUGAUCUAAGAAAAUACCAACGACAGGCUCUCCAUUGGAUGCUAUCCAAAGAGAAAGACUCGAACCAAGCACGAGAAAAGUCGAUGCAUCCCUUAUGGGAGGAGUACACAUGGCCCACGAAGGAUGUGGAUGACAAGGAUUUACCCCAAGUUCCAGAAAUUGAUCAUUUCUACGUCAAUCCAUAUUCGGGUGAUCUCAGUGUCGACUUUCCUGCACAAGAACAGCGCUGCCAAGGUGGAAUUCUGGCUGAUGAGAUGGGACUUGGUAAAACUAUUGAAAUGCUUAGUUUGGUUCAUUCCCACAGAGUUGAGCCAGAUCCGCAAGUUGCAAACGGCCUUUCCUCGGUGAAUGAUUUAGCAAGAACUCCAACCUCUACUGGUGUAAUCUCUGCGCCAUAUACCACUCUAGUUGUUGCCCCAACCUCGUUGAUUUCUCAAUGGGAAAGCGAAGCAUUGAAAGCUGGAACAUUGAGAGUUCUCGUGUAUUAUGGAGCAGACAAGUCUAACAACUUGAGAGAAAUAUGCUGUGCAUCCAAAUAUGCAACCGCACCUCAAGUGAUUGUCACCAGCUAUGGUGUGGUACUUUCGGAGUUCCGCUCUCUCGCUCUUCAGUCUGCACUGGGGCCCAGCGCAAAUGGGGGUCUAUUCUCCGUCAACUUUUUCCGAAUCAUCCUCGACGAAGCCCAUGUCAUCAAGAACCGUCGCUCCAAAUCAGCGCAAGCAUGCUGCGAGCUGCAGGCAGCCCAUAGAUGGGCUCUGACCGGCACGCCCAUUGUCAAUCGACUUGAAGAUCUGUUCAGUUUAGUGCGUUUCCUCAAAGUUGAACCUUGGAGUAAUUUCUCUUUCUGGAAGACUUUCAUCACCGUGCCAUUUGAAUCCAAAGAGUACGUGCGUGCACUGAACGUGGUUCAAAGUGUCCUGGAGCCCCUUGUGCUUCGACGAACCAAGUCAAUGAAGACCCCAGAAGGCGAGCCAUUGGUUCCCUUACCGCGGAAGACUGUUACCAUUGAGGAAGUAGAGCUCCCAAAACAAGAACGAGAGAUUUAUGACUGUAUAUUCACACGUGCCAAACGAACCUACAACGAUAAUGUCGAGGCUGGCACACUUCUGAAAUCGUACAGCACUAUUUUUGCCCAGAUUUUGCGACUUCGUCAGACCUGCUGCCAUCCCGUGCUGACACGCAACAAAUCAAUUGUGGCAGAUGAAGAGGACAGAGCGGUGGCUGCCGAUGCCACGAAUGAGUUCAAGGACGAUAUGGAUCUUCAGGAACUCAUCAACCAGUUCAAUGCCGAAAAUGAGAAUGCCGAUUCCCAGGAACGCUCUGGGGCAACCGUUAAAUUUACUACGCAUGCGCUGCGCCAAAUCCAAACAGAGUCCAGCGGAGAGUGCCCUAUCUGCUGUGAAGAGCCCAUGAUCGACCCUGCGGUGACUGCUUGUUGGCAUAGUGCUUGCAAAAAGUGUUUGGAAGACUUUAUGCAGCAUCAGAUGAACAAGAACGUUGAGGCCCGAUGCUUUAACUGCCGUGCCCCAGUCGACGCAAAGAAUAUCUUUGAAGUAGUUCGGCAUCCGUCCUCACACUCGACCCCUCUCGACGACGACAUUGUCAGCAGCACACAACCAACCAGCUCCCAGUCCGCCCCUCGCAUAUCUCUCCGUCGCAUCUAUCCCCUCUCUCCAUCUGCCCAUACCUCCGCCAAGAUCCACGCUCUCAUCAACCACCUCUCCCGCAUUCCCCCCAACACAAAGUCUGUUGUCUUUUCCCAAUUCACCUCCUUCCUAGACCUAAUUGGUCCUCAACUUACCAAAGUUGGUAUCCAUUAUCUCCGACUGGACGGUACAAUGCCACAAAAGGCCCGGGCCGCAGUCCUCACCGAAUUCACAAAAGAAGAAAGCUACACCGAUGACGAUAUCAUCGACAUAGAAGAUGACUCACCAGGUUCAAAGGGUCCUACCACGAAUAAUGCACCCACAGCCCCAUCACCUUCGGUCCUCCUCAUCUCCCUCCGCGCCGGUGGUGUCGGCCUCAAUCUUACAGCAGCAAGCAACGUCUUCGUCAUGGAUCCAUGGUGGAGUUUUGCAAUCGAAGCGCAAGCUAUUGACCGUGUCCACCGAAUGGGUCAAACUCGUGAUGUCGCCGUCACGCGGUUUGUAGUCAAGGACUCAAUUGAAGGUCGCAUGCUCCGCGUUCAGGAACGUAAGAUGAACAUUGCUGGAUCGCUAGGGUUGAGAGUCGGUGGUGAUGACGGCGAUGAGGACAAGAAGAAGGAUAGGAUCGAGGAGUUGAAGAUGUUGUUCGAGUGA